AACAGACAGUGUUAUUUUUACCAAAUAUAGCCUACUGAAUGAUAGUAAGAUAAACUCACUUACGAAUAUAUAUAGAAUGUAUGGGUUCUGCUGAACUGUAGUGCUAUUAUUUUCUUGUUAUUAAAUUUAAAAGACCAUUAGACUUAGACUACAGCACAAGGUAUGUAUAUAGUGAAAAUAACAGGCAGUUAAAAGAGUGGGAAGAAGAGUUAGAAGCAAUGGUAAACAGGCACAGCAAAUAAUAAAAUAAAUGUUAAAAUGACCUUAUUCGUGUCAUUAUACACACAGAAGAAUUCUAUUGUUCGUGUAUUACCCCUCCCCUUGUCGGGCUCUUUUUUACCGGUCGCUGGCCCUCUUAACGUUAGAUCUCUCUCUACACUCGACCAGUGACUUUCUAGGAAGCUCUCCAGAAACCAGAACUUUAAUAAUGGAGAAAGAACCCAAUCUUCCCCCGUAUCCUGGUCCUCCGAUGAACCAGCCAGUUGCAUACCAGCCUCAACCGGUUUAUCCGCCUCAGCCCACACAGAGCGUUCCAAUGACUCCUGCGGUCCAUCCUGCAUCAGCACCUGUCGCAGUCACACAGGUAGUGGUGGUGUCACAGGGUCUAACCGAUGUCCCGGGACAGACAAAAUGUCCUCACUGCCAGCAGCAGAUUGUCACCGAGACCAGAUUUGUCAACGGCCUGCUUACCUGGGCCAUCUGUGGAGGUCUGGGCAUUCUAAUGAUCUGGCCGUGUUGUUUGAUUCCCUUCUGUGUGGAUUCCUGCAAAGACGUGGAGCAUCGCUGUCCGAGCUGCAAGAAAGUCGUCUUUCUGUACAAACGCAUGUAAAAAAAAAAAAAAAAAAAAGCAGGACUGGUUUUCGGCAAGUCAGGAGGAAUGGACAGAAUUGUGUUUUAGCUUUUCUUUGAUAUGCACACGUAUCUAACAUGAAGAUAUAAUACAUAUAGUUUCAUGUAAAACUUGUAUGUUUUAAAUUUAAGCAAAGAUCUUUAAUGUACUGUACGUUUUCGUUUUGGACAUUGCAGGUUUAUUUUAUUAAAUUACUAUUUUACUCUAAAA